AUGUCUCACCUUGAGAUUGAGAGAGCAAGGAGAGAGAGAGAGCAGAAAGAAAGAGAGGGUGCCUCCAGCGAUACUUCAAACAAAGAAAGCUUGUCGGGUCAAGAGAAGGAGGGCUCGGUUACGCUAAAAUAUCCCAUGUUGACAAAGAGCAAUUAUGCAGCAUGGGCUAUUAAAAUGGAAGUGUUUAUGAUGGCUCAAGGUGUAUGGGAGCCAAUCGAGUAUGAAGGUCCAGUUGAUAAACGAAGAGACAAGAUGGCAUUGGCGGCCAUCUAUCAAGGUAUAGGUGAAGAUACCUUGCUUCAACUAGGGGCCAAGAAGACAGCAAAGGAGGCAUGGAAUAUGCUCAAAGUUAUGAACCAAGGCGCAGAAAGGGUGAAGGAGGUCAGAACUCAAACCUUAUGGAGUGAAUUUGAUGCAGUGAAGAUGAGUGAUUCAGAGACAAUAGAUGAGUUCUCUGGAAAACUCACCAUCAUCGUCAAUAAAUUAAGAAGCCUUGGGAACAUUGUUGAAGAUGAAAAGGUGAUUAAGAAAUUGUUACGUUCAACUUCCUCAAAAUUUUUGCAGAUAGUUUCAGCCAUAGAGGAAUUUAGUGAUCUGAAAACCAAAUCGGUAGAGGAGGUAAUUGGAUCAUUAAAGGCUCAUGAAGAACGUUUGCUCGGUUAUGGAGGCAAUUCAGCUGAAACAGUCCUUCUCACGAGAGCUGAAUGGAAGGCCAGAGAGGAGGGCAGCACUUCCAUAAAAGCUCAGAAUAGCAACAGUGGAAAGGGGGGCAAAGGUCGAGGCCGAGGACGCGGCCGCGGUAGGGGAAGAAGCAACAGCGAUUUCCGGAAAAACAGUGAUGAUGAGUCAAAGCCGCAAAAGAAAGAUAAGAGCAAGAUCAAGUGUUAUAGCUGUGGUCAAAUGGGACAUUAUGCCUCAGAAUGUCCCACGAAAUAG